AUCCUCAUUUUUCUCCUUCUAAACCCUUCUUCCUUCACACUUCUAUCAUCGUCAUCACCACCACCACCAUGUCUAUCACUUCCACCACUCCACUCUUCAAAUCCCUAACCAUGGCCGAAUCCUGCCUCCUCUCAUCCCAAUCCAAAUCCAAACCUACCUUCUUUUCCCUUCCCUCCAAAUCCCUCAAUCUCCAUCUCUCCCUCAAAACCAACCGCUCAAUCUCAAUCUCUCCCUCUCCCUUAUUCGUUGCUCAAGAAGGCGACACACUCACCACUUCUCUAGACGAAGAAGCUGGAUUGAGUCUCGAUUGGGAGCCCACUGCUGACGCUGCUGAAACUGAAACCGGCGCUGAUGAUUCUGCUGAAGGUUAUUUUGUUGAACCACCGGAGGACGCAAAAUUGUUUGUUGGAAAUUUUCCUUUUGAUGUUGAUAGUGAGAAAUUGGCCAUGCUUUUUGGACAAGCCGGAACCGUUGAGAUUGCUGAGGUUAUUUAUAACAGACAAACUGACCUGAGUCGUGGUUUUGGCUUUGUAACUAUGAGUACCGUUGAAGAAGCCGAGUCUGCUGUCGAGAAGUUUAACGGCUAUGAUUACAAUGGAAGAUCAUUGGUUGUUAACAAGGCUUCUCCUAAAGGAUCUCGGCCUGAGCGUACUGAGCGUGCACCUCGUACUUUUGAACCUGUCCUAAGAAUUUAUGUUGCUAACUUGGCAUGGGAAGUUGAUAACAGUAGGCUCGAGCAAGUUUUCAGUGAACAUGGCAAGAUUGUGAGUGCUCGAGUAGUCUAUGAUAGAGAGACUGGUCGAUCACGUGGCUUUGGCUUUGUCACAAUGUCUGAUGAAACUGAAAUGAAUGAUGCCAUUGCUGCUCUUGAUGGUCAGAGUUUGGAGGGUAGGACAAUAAGAGUCAGCGUUGCCGAAGACAGGCCCAGACGCGGCUCCUUUUGAGUAGCUCGUCAAGUACUCGCCUAUAUCAACUGCUAGAGUUAUUUAUGUUUUAAUAGCUGAGGAUCUCAAUUAUUAUAUAAUUUUCUUCUGGAGUAGCCGGUUUCAUGCUAGGUUUAUCCAUUUUACUGUUGUUUAGUUUUAGAAGUCUAUAAAACUCGGACCAUUAAAUUUUCUUUCAUGUUCUACAGUACUUAAUUUGGAUAAAUGACUUAUUUUAUGUCAUAUAAAUGUGUUUUAUUUGACGA